UCAAGAACAUGAGCUUUAUCAAGUUCUGAGGCCAGGUGAGCGAUCUCAGUUAAAAGACCAUGGGUACAAGUUUGAAUCUGAGUUACAUGGCUUCAUAAAGACCCACUUCUGUAUUUUUCCUUUCCAUUCUCACAGUCCUGCUCUAACUCUCCAUGUGUUAAAAUUUUUUGGACAACUUGGUCGGUCAUGAGCACGUGCCAAUAUUUUAUUACAAUCAUGCAUGCAAGGGAAAAAGUUCUCUUGAGGCCCAACUGAAACAUUUUCUCUUGUAAGAGCAUUUUUUAUAGAAGAGAAUUGUUAAGUAGCGUUCUUAGACUACAGAUUAGAUCCAGGAAGAAAAGAUGAUCUGGUUAAAGGUCAGCAGAUUCUUGGCUGGCAGUCAGCCGACUUUUAACUGGGUGGGCCACUGAUUUCCCAGAAGUUUCAUUCUAAAAAAACUCAAUAGAAAACGGCUUAAUCCUGUCACUUUAUCGGGAAUGCUAACUUCUCCCCUGAAGGAGGCUGCAAAUUACCCUCAUGAAGAUCUUGUGUCCCAGACCUGGUUUGGAAUAUUUUUAAAUUUUAUAGUAAGAUUAAUAUAGCAGGCGAUCUGGCAGCCUCUGUCUCCAGAUUCUUUCUUAUGCCACAAUGCUUUUUUCUGCUCUUGGACUCUAACUGGUCCUUGCUUUGUCAGAUUCUGACAGAAUCUAUUUCCUCUGCCUGGAAUUAUCUCUUCUUGUCUCAGUUCAAACAACCUUGUUCCCCAAUAUAAUAAGAGUCUUCAUUUACUCUUUUUUUUUCCAUUUACUCUUUAACUUCCAGUUUCUUUCCCCUGGGGCAUUGUCGGUUUCUAAGCUCUAUUAAGAAGAAACAAUGUUCCAUUCGCCCAUCACAGGACUUCGACCUGUACAAGGUGCUCAUAAAAGCAUAAAACGAAGAUCCUCUCUUGUAAAUAGCACUGAACAGAAUUUUUGCAGGGGAGCAAUGGAAUGACAGCUGUGAUUAAAAAUUUGCUAUGCUCCCUACGGCGAAUCCUAGAACCAUGAGCCAAUUAGCUAGAUAGUGAGGUUCAGUCUACAUCCAUCAAACGAGCGAAAUGUUAGUUCCCCUUUUAAGAGUUGUGCGGGUCAAGAGUUUACGUUUUUAUACUGUUCGAACCCGGUCAGCGUUCCCAAGUCUAGCUUUUGAGAUCUUCUACCUACUAAGCUCAAGGUUCUUAAACUCUCCCUAAGAAUGACUAAGACCCGCCCUCCCGCACCGCCCAAGAAUAACAAGAGCGACAGAGGUCUCUAAUGACGUCAUCUCCGGGCCUGUUCAGCUUCAUCAUCCGGAAACCUACAACCCCAGGCACCCGAUCUCCAGCUUUCGGAACUAUGGAGGCCGCGCCCGGGACCCCCCCGCUGCCGCCAUCAGAGUCGCCGCCGCCGCCAUCGCCACCACCGCCAUCAACGCCUUCGCCUCCUCUGUGUUCCCCCGACGCCUGCCUGGCUACCCCGCACCUCCUCCACCGCCUCCCGCUCCCUGACGACAGGGAAGAUGGUGAGUUGGAAGAAGGCGAGCUGGAAGAUGAUGGGGCCGAGGAGACUCAGGACACCUCCGGGGGCCCCGAGAGGAGCCGGAAGGAGAAGGGGGAGAAGCACCACAGCGACUCGGACGAGGAGAAGUCUCACCGGAGGCUGAAGCGGAAGCGCAAGAAAGAGCGGGAGAAGGAGAAGAGGAGGUCCAAGAAGAGGAGGAAAUCCAAGCAUAAACGCCACGCUUCCUCCAGCGAUGACUUCUCAGACUUCUCGGACGACUCAGACUUCAGCCCCAGCGAGAAGGGGCACCGCAAAUACCGAGAGUACAGCCCCCCCUACGCACCGUCCCACCAGCAGUACCCUCCUUCUCACACAACGCCCCUGCCCAAGAAGUCCUACCCCAAGCUGGACAGCAAGGGCUACGGCCUGUACGACGACUACGAGAACGAGCAGUACGGGGAGUACGAGGGCGACGAGGAGGAGGACCUGGGCAAGGACGACUACGACGACUUCGCCAAAGAGCUGAACCAGUACCGGCGCGCCAAGGAGGGCAGCAGCCGGGGCCGAGGCAGCCGGGGCCGAGGCAGGGGCUACCGAGGCCGAGGCAGCCGCGGAGGGUCUCGAGGCCGAGGCAUGGGCAGGGGCAGCCGAGGCAGGGGCAGAGGCUCCGUGGGAGGAGACCACCCGGAGGAUGAAGAGGACUUCUACGAGGAAGAGAUGGACUAUGGAGAGAGUGAGGAGCCGAUGGGAGAUGAGGACUAUGACGAUUAUUCCAAGGAGCUGAACCAGUACCGCCGGUCCAAGGACAGCCGAGGGCGAGGGUUAAGUCGAGGCCGCGGCCGGGGUUCCCGAGGUCGAGGGAAAGGGAUGGGCCGGGGCCGUGGUCGAGGAGGCAGCCGAGGUGGGAUGAACAAGGGCGGGAUGAACGACGACGAAGACUUCUAUGACGACGACAUGGGCGAUGGUGGUGGGAGCUACCGGAGGAGUGACCACGACAAGCCCCACCAGCAGUCUGACAAGAAAGGCAAAGUCAUCUGCAAAUACUUCGUGGAAGGGCGGUGCACGUGGGGAGACCACUGUAAUUUUAGCCACGACAUCGAGCUACCAAAGAAGCGAGAACUGUGCAAGUUUUACAUCACUGGGUUUUGUGCCAGAGCCGAGAACUGCCCCUACAUGCAUGGUGAUUUCCCGUGUAAGCUGUACCACACGACUGGGAACUGUAUCAACGGUGACGACUGCAUGUUUUCUCACGACCCCCUAACCGAAGAGACCCGAGAGCUCUUGGACAAGGUAAUGCCCGGGCUGACAGGGACUGGGACAGCCAGGGGCUUGGCCUCCGUGCAGGACCAGGAUGCCAGCUGCGUUGACCUGGAGCUGGGAUGUGUUCAGGAGGGAGUGGGGACGAUAUGCUCUUCAGGGAGGAUGGUUGCGGUCACGUGUGUGUCUUCUCUCUGCCCGGGGCGACCCCCGCCUCCGCCCCCUGGACCCCCUCAGAUGCCCCUGCCAGCGCAUGAGCCGCUGUCCCCGCAGCAGCUGCAGCAGCAGCAGGACAUGUACAAUAAGAAGAUCCCCUCCUUGUUCGAGAUUGUGGUGCGGCCCACAGGGCAGCUGGCUGAGAAGCUGGGUGUGAGGUUCCCUGGACCCGGAGGACCCCCUGGGCCAAUGGGCCCUGGGCCCAACAUGGGACCCCCAGGGCCGAUGGGGGGACCAAUGCAUCCUGACAUGCACCCUGACAUGCACCCGGAUAUGCACCCGGACAUGCACCCCGACAUGCACCCCGAUAUGCCGAUGGGCCCCGGCAUGAACCCUGGCCCGCCCAUGGGCCCUGGCGGCCCUCCGAUGAUGCCCUACGGUCCCGGAGACUCCCCACAUUCUGGAAUGAUGCCCCCCAUCCCGCCAGCCCAGAACUUCUAUGAAAACUUCUACCAGCAGCAGGAGGGCAUGGAGAUGGAGCCGGGACUCAUUGGGGACGCAGAGGACUACGGGCACUACGAAGAGCUGCCGGGGGAGCCUGGGGAGCACCUCUUCCCCGAGCACCCUCUGGAGCCAGACAGCUUCUCUGAGGGAGGGCCCCCAGGCCGGCCGAAGCCAGGCGCCGGUGUCCCUGACUUCCUGCCCUCGGCCCAGAGGGCCCUGUACCUGAGGAUCCAGCAGAAGCAGCAGGAGGAGGAGAGAGCGAGGAGGCUGGCUGAGAGCAGCAAGCAGGACCGGGAGAAUGAGGAAGGUGACACUGGAAACUGGUACUCAAGCGACGAGGAUGAAGGUGGGAGCAGUGUCACCUCCAUCCUGAAGACGCUGAGGCAGCAGACGUCCAGCCGGCCCCAGGCUUCUGUUGGGGAGCUGAGCAGCAGUGGGCUGGGGGACCCCCGCCUCCAGAAGGGACACCCCACGGGAGGCCGACUGGCUGACCCCCGCCUCAGCCGGGACCCCAGGCUCUCCCGCCACGCUGAGGCUUCCAGUGGGUCAGGCCCAGGUGACACCGGACCCUCUGACCCGCGACUGGCUCGCUCCCUACCCAGCUCCAAGCCCGACGGCGGCUUGCAUUCCAGCCCUGCCGGUCCCGGGGGCUCCAAGGGGUCUGGGCCACCCCCGGCGGAAGAAGAGGAAGGGGAGCGGGCCCUUCGGGAGAAGGCCGUCAACAUUCCCUUGGAGCCGCUCCCUGGGCACCCGCUGCGGGACCCGCGGUCACAGCUGCAGCAGUUCAGCCACAUCAAGAAGGCCGUGACCCUGAGCCGGCCCAGCUUCGCCCGCACUGUGCUCUGGAGCCCCGAGGACCUGAUUCCGCUGCCCCUGCCCAAGCAGGAGGCGGCGCCCCCCGUGCCUGCCGCCCUGCAGUCUCUGCCGGCGCUGGAUCCCAGGCUGCACCGUGCCGCCACCUCGGGGCCCCCCAAUCCCCGGCAGCGUGCAGGCAACUCCGCAGAUGCCGGCGCGGCUGGCUCCAGCCUGCCUGACUUUGAGCUCCUCUCUCGCAUCCUCAAGACUGUCAACGUCACCGGCCCCUUGGCCACCCCUGGCUCCAGCGACAAGCCCAGUGACCCCCGAGUGCGGAAGACACCCACCGACCCCCGGCUGCAGAAACCCACAGACUCCGCCACUGCCUCCUCGCGGGCAGCCAAACCUGGCCCCGCCGAGGUCCCCUCUCCAGCCGCCAGCCCCAGCGGGGAGUCUUCCCCGCCGGCCACCGCCCCCUACGACCCCCGCGUGCUGGCAGCCGGCGGCCUGGGCCAGGGUGGCGGGGGCGGCCAGAGCAGCGUGCUGAGCGGCAUUAGCCUCUACGACCCCAGGACUCCCAACGCGGGGGGAAAAGCUGCGGAGUCUGCCGCCGACGCGGGCACCCAGCCCAAGGGCCCUGAGGGCAACGGCAGGAGCUCCGCUGCCGCCAAGGCCAAGGAGCCCCCAUUUGUCCGCAAGUCCGCCCUGGAACAGCCCGAGUCCGGGAAGCCCGGGGCCGAUGGGGCCACGGCCACGGACAGAUACAACAGUUACAAUCGGCCCCGGCCUAAGGCCACCGCGGCCACUGCGGCCCCCGCUGCCGCCGUGGGUGCCCCAUCAGCAGAGGGCAGCCUACCCCAGCCCGGCGUGCACAACCUGCCCGUGCCCACCCUCUUCGGGACCGUGAAACCGGCACCCAAGACGGGCUCCGGAAGCCCAUUUGCUGGCAACAGCCCAGCCCAAGAGGGUGAGCAGGACGCUGGGUCCCUGAAAGAUGUGUUUAAAGGCUUCGACCCCACCGCCUCCCCCUUCUGCCAGUAGUGUUAAGCCGGAGUCCAGCGCUCCCCGCACCCCACCCUUCCCAGGGCAAUAUUUAAGGGCAGCGACCAGAGUUGGGGCUUGGGGGGAGG